AUUACAUUUAUUGAGUUUAGCAAGGUCGAAGGAAAAUGGAAGCUCCUGCAACAUUUAUGGAACAGCCUGCGAUUUUCGUAGAGCGAACUUUGGCAAUCAUCAAACCAGAUGCUAUUGAUCAGAGUGCUGCCAUAUUGCGGUUUAUCGAGGACCAUGGGUUCGCUAUUCUUCAGCAAAGAAGACUCCACAUGACGCCCGAACAGUGCAGUGAUUUCUACGCAGAACAUUACGGUAAAAUGUUCUUCCCGUCCCUGGUCUCCUUUAUGAGCAGCGGCUCGAUCAUAGCAAUGGUAUUGGCCAAGGAGAACUGUAUUUUGGAGUGGAGAGAUCUGUUGGGGCCCACAUCUUCUCACAGAGCUAGAGAAACUCACCCGGACAGUCUACGAGCAAUUUACGGUACAGACGACCAGAGAAACGCAGUUCACGGGUCCGACUCUCAGAAGGGAGCAGAGAGGGAAAUACGGUUCUACUUCCCAGACGCUAUUGUUGAGCCGAUAUCAUCCGGAGACCAAGCAACUGAUUAUCUUGUAAAGAACGUGAUGCCAGUCUUGACUAACGGAUUUGUUGAACUAUGCAAAGUGAAACCAGAGGAUCCCCUGAGCUGGAUCGCAGAUUGGCUCAUGGCGAACAACCCUAACAAGCCUCAAGUGCUAGAACCUACAGUGGCUUAAAGACAAGUUUCCCUCUCUGCAUGUUCACUCUUUUCCUUACCCUUACGGACAGUGUUGCUGAAUUUUUACGAACAAUUCAUCCAGUUUUUGGUCAACGGACGGCAAAUGAAAACAAAUAGCUACUUCAAAACGCAUAAGGAGCGCGCCGUGUCUCGUUUCUAUGGGUUGUCAUGGCAACGCCGGAAAUUAAUAUGUAAAGUCUAUUUUUCAGCAUUAUAAACUAGCAAUGGAAUGCGCGCGUGUCAUAACUAUUUUCUGGUCAUAAUUUUGUUUAAAAACUUGUUUCGAAACUAUUGUCUUUUUAAAUGGUCCUGCUAGACAGUCUCUUAUGUUUCAUUUUAUUCAUUCACUUUGUAUAUUUGUUAUAAAUGCUGUUUUCGAAUGAAACUGUACAAUAUUUGAUGUAUAAAGUGUGCAAGUAGACUUACAAAACAA